AUGGUUCAGACAGUUGAUGGCCCCGUGGGUCAGCUGAUGGCCCCCGUGGGUCAGACAGUUGAUGGCCCCAUGGGUCAGACAGUUGAUGGCCCCGUGGGUCAGCUGAUGGCCCCCGUGGGUCAGACAGUUGAUGGCCCCGUGGGUCAGACAGUUGAUGGCCCCGUGGGUCAGACAGUUGAUAGCCCCGUGGGUCAGACAGUUGAUGGCCCCGUGGGUCAGACAGUUGAUGGUUCAGUGACAGUUGAUGGCCCCGUGGGUCAGACAGUUGAUGGCCCCAUGGGUCAGACAGUUGAUGGCCCCAUGGGUCAGACAGUUGAUGGCCCCAUGGGUCAGACAGUUGAUGGCCCCAUGGGUCAGACAGUUGAUGGCCCCGUGGGUCAGACAGUUGAUGGCCCCCGUGGGUCAGACAGUUAA